UUGUAUUCCUUUGUAAACCAAAUGGGGAUUAAUGUUCUUUCUUCUGAGUCUGUAAGCUUUUGUUGACGGGCUUUUGGGCAGAUCGGCGCGAGGGGGUCGAGAGAGAGGACGCAAUGCUGUAAGCUGGGCGAGGAACGGACCCCAAGCGGGGGUCCGAGGCCCGGAGGUACUCCGAGGAGGGGGGGGGAUGAAGCUAGAAGUGCUUGGUUGACCACUUUGGAGGGUCCUGAGCUGCAAGUCGAGGAGUUCGGAGGGGAUCGAAUGGUGGCCAGAAGACUUCAGUAAUUGAGCUCCAACGGUUGUGCACCAAGUGGUUUGGACUUUGAUAAGUUUGGCGCCUUUUCUUUAUUUUUUCUCUUCAUAUAUACUGUAUCGUUAUUAAUCACUUAGUUAUAGUAACCUUUAUAAAUUGUACUCAUUUAAUCGCUAAUGGUGUACUGUCUGUUUUUGGGCGAGGCGGGGACAUCACACAGCAUCCACACCAGCUGAUUACCCAGUUUGGCGGGGCCGAAGGCUGCUUCCCCUAGACGAGAAUGAGCUGAGCGAGCCUGAGGCGACCCAGGGGUACAUUGUGAGGUGCUCGUCGGGGAUUGAUUUCUGUGGCAGCGUGUGUAUGGAUUAUAUUGCACUGAAGAGGCGCACUGUCAGUGACCAGAAUAUGGCCCUGAGGGCCGAAGAGGCGAUGGCCUAUCUGAGUGGUGCGAUGUGGUUUAAGGUGCUGGAUCUGAGGAGUGGAUGUUGCCAGAUCCCGAUGAGUGGGGCCGAUAAGGAGAAGACGGCCGUUAUAAAUUCCCUAGGAGUCUUCGGGUCCGAAAAGAUGCCACAGGGCAUAUCUGGAGCCCUUGCAACCUUCCUGCGGGGCAGGUGGAAGACCAUAGGGGAUGUGGAGGCGUUUGGAGUUUUGGUGUAUGUGGAUGAUCUCUUGGUAUUUGGAUUUGCCUCAGGAGAAUAUGAAGUGAGGUCGUUGCAGGAGCAGUUGAGAACUACAGAGUUAAAGUGUUUUCUGGACUCGUGCCAGGGCUGGCGAAGGUCGCAGCUCGUGAGUGACUGUCUCUACAGAAUCAAGUUUGAAAUGAAGACGGAGAGACUGGAGAAAGUGAUCUGGAACCAUUCGGAAGACUUACAAGUUGGAGAGAAUGAAGAAAGUUGUCUGACUGGGGGCAAUAGCAAUCUGAGAACCUGGAGAGGGGAGUUUGUGGAGGUGAAGAAAUUACAGACAAAUCUCAGAAGAGGGAAGCGGAAGCUUGAAGGGAACCUGAAGAUGACCAUCGACAGCUCAAAUGAAGUGCAGAACCUGAAAGUUGAUCUGGAAGAAGUCAUGAGGAAGAAAAAGCUGGAGAGAAGUGCAGUGAAUACUGAACAGGAGGCUGAAGAGACUGCAGGAGCAGUGCAGGCCAUGUGUUUCCGUUUGGAGAAGAUCAAACAGCAGCUACCGAUCGCAGAAAUGAGGAAGAAUACAGAUUCGAUGGAUGAUGUGCUGGAUGUGUGAUCGGCGCGAGGGGGUCGAGAGAGAGGACGCAAUGCUGUAAGCUGGGCGAGGAACGGACCCCAAGCGGGGGUCCGAGGCCCGGAGGUACUCCGAGGAGGGGGGGGGAUGAAGCUAGAAGUGCUUGGUUGACCACUUUGGAGGGUCCUGAGCUGCAAGUCGAGGAGUUCGGAGGGGAUCGAAUGGUGGCCAGAAGACUUCAGUAAUUGAGCUCCAACGGUUGUGCACCAAGUGGUUUGGACUUUGAUAAGUUUGGCGCCUUUUCUUUAUUUUUUCUCUUCAUAUAUACUGUAUCGUUAUUAAUCACUUAGUUAUAGUAACCUUUAUAAAUUGUACUCAUUUAAUCGCUUAUGGUGUACUGUCUGUUUUUGGGCGAGGCGGGGACAUAUCACAGCAUCCACACCAGCUGAUUACCCAGUUUGGCGGGGCCGAAGGCUGCUCCCCCAGACGAGAACGAGCUGAGCGAGCCUGAGGUGACCCGGGGGUUACAAAAUGUUCCCCCAAUGUAAGCUAAAAUGGUUUCCAUCUUGUGGAGGCAUAUCUGGGCAUAUCCUUAGGCAGUGUGGAUGGUGGAUGGCAGAACAGGUUUUAAAUAGGUGAUAAAUUUCUUUGAAGGAUUUUUGAGAUAGAUUUUUCCCAGAAUAACUGAUUUCAAGAUUAAGACAGACAUUUUUGUUAGGCUGCAAAUAAAACAGAUCUUCAAUAACAGGCAAUUCCAAAGAACUUCUAGUAGGACCAGAGGUAGGCAUUCAAGAUUGUAGUUGAAAAAUUUCUUGGCAACUACAG